UUUUAUUUUGAAGUUAGUUAGCGAGCGAAGAACUCUCAACGACAACAUGCACUGUAGGGCUACAACAAGGAACUCAAAAUGCUGGCAAAAAAAGCGGUGAAAAAGUGGUAAAUAACGUGGCAGAAUAAGAUGAGAAACGAUAUCAGGUAAUAAAAGAGGCCUGCUUAAGACUUGGCGAUCAAUUUAGCCUUGGUUUAUAACUCAGUUGAAGGCUAUAGAUAAGCUAGCUAGCAAGCUAUCUUGAGUUUUUGUAAUGCUUCAGGUGUUUAGCCGGCUAGCUUACUAACGUAAGAGAUCAAAAUUUUCCAGAUAAAGGAAGGGUGUGACAUUAGUAUGGAUAAUAGCAUCAUUUAUGUCCGAGAAAGAGGCAACCUUCGUCGUGUUAGUGACAUAGUCUUGGCACAGCCAAAGAUAGUGUCAUCCUGCAGGAGGACAAAUCCUUUUGUGCUGAGGAAAGAGCACUUUAUAUUCACCUACAAUGCAGAAGGAAGUCUGAGAUACACCACAAAAUCUCUCUUUGACAUCACUCUGUUGUUUGUGGCUGACAACAUUCACCAUGUGGACUCUCUGGUGGGCUUCCCCGAGCAAAUAGGAGACAGACUGUUUGCAGCAGCAGAGGAGAACCGUGUAUUUCUAAACACUAAUAUUUCUCCAAAAGCCCUGCAGCUUUUCAGCGAUGCAUAUGGGGAGAUGGUACUUGGAUCCCUCUGUCUCAGAAAUAGGUUUCCACUCUUGCAUGAGAGGAUGGAUGAAAUAAAAACUUUUCACAGUCUGAAGUCUCUGGAUCUGUUUGGCUGCAGACUGGGCGAUGAGCAUGAGAUAUUCCUGCACCUAACGUCCAGCUCACUGGCAAGCAGCCUGAUUCAGCUUUCCAUCGGUGGCAACUGUCUGUCAGAUGUCGGCCUACAAAGAUUGACUGCACCUAUCCGGAUGAUGAGGAAGGGACUGGACUGCCUUCAGUUUCUCGACGUUUCCUAUAAUCCUAUCUCAGAGAGGGCUCUCAGAUACCUCACAUGCUUCCCCAAACUUGAAAAACUUGAUGCAUCUGGAACCGACUUGAAGCUUGGCACACGGUUGAAGACAACCAUACGGGACCUGUUGGGGCUCAUUUAUUCAGAGAAAGCACUGGACACGUUCGAUCACUCGGGAUGUAAAACAGAAGGUUGGGCAGAGCAGGUUGUAAACCAGUGGGAAACAAAUGGCUCACAAGUGCCAAAACAGAAGAAAAUGGAUGAAUCCAGAACAUCAGCACUUCGCUUUUUUGGAAGGCAGAAGUUUGUCAGAGAAGUCCUGAAUGCGGCACCGUUGGUAUGUCAGAGCGAGGAGGAGGCCAAGAAAGAGAGACUGCACUUCUGCAGACCUGCAGCAAAUGGACACAUACCGGAGCGACAGACUCCUGCCACGACAAACCAUCAAGCGAAGCCCUCCUGGCACAAUAUCAAGAAAAGACAGCGUCAGACAGAAAGUUCUGACAGUUCACGCCAAAGCCCUCCUACAAAACGUGUGUCCUCAUCGGCCCUUUCUGCUGAGGACAUAGACUUAUUGAACAGCUACUGAGGUAUGAGUGGCAUUCCAAGGGGCGGAGAAUAGAAUGAACAAUGAAUAAGAACAUUUUCCAAGAUGACUCACACUGGUGAGCUGUUAACACUUUUGCUUGGAUCUAAGUUGGGUUAUUUCUAUAUAUAUUUUAUAAAUAAAGAUGAAUAUUUUGCAGUG